UUGUGGAUGGCAUAUCUUGAGCCAUGGAAGAUUAGUCCAGAUGAUUUUUCUGAAUUUGAAUUUGGAGAAAGAAAGGAUUUAGAAAAUAAAGGCAAAGAAAACAUGGACAAAAAAACCAGUGGCAAGGAUGCGAACUGUAUGGAAUUACACUAUUCACCAGGUUUUGAAAGUUAUGUUUUAUCAAAUUAUCUGUUCUACAGUUCAUUGGUUGUUCACUUUCUUGGGUUUGCCCACAAGUUUCUCCAUACAAAUCCAGAUUCAGUUAUCCAGAUGGUGCUGAAGGUAUUAGACAUUAUGACUGCAUCCAAACAACUGCUGGACCUUCUUCAGAAAGUUAGUGUUGCUUACCAUUCCAAACCAGUCGGUGCUGCUGUAUAUUCUUCUAAUGACAUGCAGAAAUAUGUAUCAUCCAUCCAUGAACAAUUGCAGGAUUGGGAGGAUGGCCUUUAUGAGACUGAAGCAGAUGGAUCUUUCUUACAUGAGAACUGGAACCAUGAAUUGAAACUUUUCAGUGACAGUGAAGAUGGAGCACAUAACCUACUUCAGUUAUUCAUGCUACGGGCUGAACAUGAGAUCCAAAUGUCUUCUGGGGACGUAUCCAGUAACAUGCAGGCUUUGGAUGCAAUUAGAUCAAAGAUGUUUGUUCUUUUCGGCAUCUCAGCUAGGAAAUCUGCCUCGCUUACACUUACGACCUCUCAGACUCAUGAUAUCCAUCAUGCACGAAAUGAGUUAUUCACUCCCAAGCACCCAGGUGUCGGAGAACGUUCCUGGUCCAAUUUAAAAUAUAAAGGCGAUUGGAUGCGGCGGCCAAUCUCUGACACUGAAGUGGCAUGGUUAGCAAACCUGUUGAUCAGAUUCUCUAAUUGGUUGAACGAGCUUCUUGGUCUUAACCAUGUCGAUGAGGGCAACUUGACCAGCACAACCAGCCCAACCAUUGUGCAUUUAAGUAGCAAUGAAGUGCGUAACUUGGAGGGACCAAAGGAAGCAAUAACCAUGUUGUUGGAGCUCGUCGGUUCGUUGUUCAGUCUGUUUGGUAAUGUAGUAGUGAAGUUCUUGAGAUCACAUAAGAUGAGGAUCAACUUGAGGGUGUUGGCCUCCAAGAAAUUCGCAACGCUGCUGCUGCUAUAUUUUAUUUUCUGUCUGCUGAAAAAGCUCUUCUCUGCGGUAUUUGUAGCCAACCCUUGAGACACUUCUCCAUGAAAUCCAUCUCACACGGUUAAUGUAGCCUUUGACGCAUCACGGAAGUAAACUAAAUGUGUACAGUCAUACACAUACAUGAUACAUGCAUACCUACUUAAAAUAUCAUGAAAAGUUCACACGAGGUUUGUGUCAUUUCAGUUUUCUGAAUUGAACUCUGGUGUUUCAUUUGUUCAGUACUCACUGAAAUGGUGUUGUGUUGAUGAUAAAAUGCAUAUCCAAGUCCUGACCGCCUGGAAUGUGCUGCCGCCGCUUGUACUGCAGAAGCUGAUGAGGCUGCCGACGCCGAUGGUACUGCAGAAGCUGACGAGGCUUGGACGUCGUCGACGAGGUGAAGGACAGACCUGGCUUGUGAUAGAUCAUUAAGGCCUGUACCUAGGGCUUUAAUAAAAUUGGGUCUAUUAUUUUACAAAAUUUUUGAAAAGCUGCUAUUAUUUUCACAAAAUCUAUAAUUGGUGAGCAUUAAUAGGUCCA